AUGCCUCGAGCAGCACCAGCAGCCCGACAGCCGGCCCGGGCAGCGGCUCCGGUCACCGUGCGGGCUCAGCCCUGCAAGGCGGGCUCACAGAAUCGGCUCUUCCCACGGAAAUGCGAGCGGCGGCGGAACUGGAAGUGUCCCGGGGAUCCGGCGGAAGCGGUCGUUGUCCGGGGAGACGCGGCGGCGGCCGCCGGGCCGGGGCUGUGGGUGAGGAUGUGGCGGCUGCUGCUGGCGCUGGCCUGGCUCGGUGCGAGCCUUCCCGCAGGAGCGGCGGCGGAGCGGAGCGCGGGCGGCCCCGAGCCGGUGCGCUAUCGCACGGCCGAGAUGGCGGACGCGAUGCUGGGCAGCGGGGCCCUGGCCGAGCAGCCCGUGCUGCUGUCGGCGGUGCCGGCCGAGGCGAGCGGCGGCCCGGCGGGGGCUUGCGAUGGGGCGGCGGCGGGCGAUGCGUGCGGGCCGGCGGGGAGCGGCCCCGCGGCCGCCCAGGCCCGGGAGCAGCCCGUGCUGGAGCCCGUGCUGCCCGCCCCCGCUGAGGAGCAGAACGGCACCGACAGCGCCAAGGCUCCCAAGGUGAACUGCGAGGAGAGGAACACGACGGGCAUCGAGCGCUUCACGCUGCAGAUCCUGAACGUGUCCCAGGACCUGAUGGAGUUCCUGAACCCAAACAGCAGUGACUGUACAUUGGUCCUGUUCUACACACCGUGGUGCCGCUUUUCUGCCAGCCUGGCACCUCAUUUUAACUCUUUGCCCCGAGCUUUUCCAACUCUUCGCUUCCUGGCACUGGAUGCAUCCCAGCACAGCAGUUUAUCAACUAGAUUUGGAACUGUGGCUGUACCAAAUAUCCUCCUUUUCCAAGGUGCUAAACCUAUGGCUAGAUUUAAUCAUACAGACAGAACGCUGGAAACCCUGAAAGACUUCAUCUUUAAUCAGACAGGGAUUGAAGCUAGAAGCGACGUGGCUGUGACAGAGGAAGACUGGGAAGGGCCCCUGCCAAGUGUCCUGACGAAGGGCAUAGACUGGCUGCUCCUGUUCUCUGUGCUCUUCCUGGCUGGCUUUGUCAUGUACGCCACCAUUCGCACCGACAGCAUCCGGUGGCUCAUCCCGGGACAAGAGCACGAGCACCAGGAAUAACCUCAGAUGUUCAAACAGGGACAACAUUUUGCACUUAUUGGUAAAGUGGGAAUUUCUAUGGACUAGAAGUACCUAAGAAUGAACUGUUGAAUUUGUUGGUUGUAAUUUAUAAUAAUGACUAAAAAUUGGCUUUAUUUAUGAACUGCUGAAUCUGUGAUAAGCACAUUUGUGGCGAUUCCAGUGGUAAGUGAACAAGUAUGAAAAAACAUGAACUAAAGUAUUUAUUAAGCUGCUCUGAUUGACUUCUUUUUAAUGGACUUUGAUGUAAUUAGGGUUACAGUUCUAAUUUGUAGAUCAGGGAAGAUUUUUACAGCAUAUUGGUCUGUGCGUGGCACUGCAAGGCAAAUACUGGUGAAGGGAGGUGUUGGUACAUUAGUUUGACUGUCCAUAAAAUGAACUAUGAAGAUGUUUUAAAUGAUUUUUCACUCCCAUGGAGGUGACUGUUCCCACCUCUGGCACUGGGGUUCAGUGCUGGUUUUCUCAUUCACUUUGCUCUGAGUUUUGACUUAGUAACAGUUCUUUAUGAGAUUUAGAGUCACUUCCCAAGCUCACCUCACUAUUUCUGUGAGUGUAUACAACUUAUUUACCACAUUCCUGUUGGAUGAAAUUGUGUUAAUUGUCCUUUAAAAAAAUAAAUAAAUCAGGUUUUUAGUGUAACCUUUUAAGUCCCUUUCUUUCAGAAGUAAAAACAUGCAAUUUCUGAACUACAGCUCACCUGCCUAAAUUAGGAAGACCAGUCUUGAUGUUGAUUUAAAUUUCUAGUACCAUGUUUGCUAGUUCCACACUUGGGGCUACAUAAAGAAUUUAUGGGAUUUUUUAGUUAUGAUUAGUAUGGAGGGCUUUGGAUAAGGUAUGGACUGGUAUGUUGUGUGGGGUUUGGAUUAUGUGAUUGCAUAAAAUUUAUCAUGGUGGAGGCUUGCCAAAGUAUCCUAAUAGGUUGGUUUAGAGAGCAAAUUAAACUAACAUAAAACAAAGACAGUCUUAAGACUUAUUGUUUGACAGACAGCUCAGAUCCCUGCAAUGUAAUUCUUCAUUAAUUUCUCUGCUGGCUCUAUCUUUUUUUUCUGGAAACCAGAGGUCGUGUGUAGCUGUGUCCAAAAAGGAAGCUGCACUGGUAAAAGUUCGGUGUUACUGAAGAUAAAACUGGGAUGGAUGUUAUUAAUAAAGACUGUGAACGAUAAAUCGGA